CAGCAGAAGAUGGGGGUCAUGUCAGACACCAUAUGCCCAAGAUCACGGGCUCCAUCUGAUGAAGACUUGAAGGCUCCAAGUGGUGGAAAAGCAGAGAAAAUUCGGAUGAAGAGGGAAAUCUCUCUCAUCAAUGGCAUCUGUCUCAUCGUGGGUAACAUGAUUGGCUCUGGGAUCUUUGUCUCACCAAAGGGUGUACUGAUGCACAGCGCCUCUUACGGCCUGUCUUUGGUGAUUUGGGCUCUUGGAGGCAUCUUCUCCGUGUUUGGGGCUUUGUGCUACGCAGAGCUUGGCACCACCAUCACCAAGUCUGGAGCCAGUUAUGCCUACAUCCUGGAGUCGUUUGGUGGCUUUCUGGCUUUCAUUCGUCUGUGGACGUCCAUCCUGCUGAUCGAGCCGGCCAGCCAGGCUGUGAUUUCACUGACCUUUGCCUACUACCUGCUGGAGUCUUUCUACCCAACCUGCCAGCCGCCGUACGAUGCUGUCCGCCUCCUUGCUGCGGCCUGUCUCUGUAUACUCAUCUUCAUCAACUGUGCCUAUGUGAAAUGGGGGACUCUGGUCCAGGACAUCUUCACUUACGCCAAACUCAUGGCACUCAUCCUCAUCAUUGUUAUGGGAAUCCUGAAAAUAUCUACUGGAGAAACAAAGAGUUUUGACAAUCCGUUUGAGGGCUCCUCCACAGAUCCUGGAGCCAUUGCUUUGGCACUCUACUCAGCUCUGUUCUCCUACUCCGGCUGGGACACGCUCAACUUUGUCACAGAGGAGAUUAAGAAUCCAGAGAGAAAUCUGCCCCUGGCCAUUGCUGUCUCCAUGCCCAUAGUGACCAUCAUUUAUCUGUUGACCAAUGUAGCGUACUAUGUGGUUCUGGACAUGCCAUCUCUGCUAGCCAGUGAUGCCGUUGCUGUGACAUUCGGGAAUGCAGUCCUGGGCCCAUUCAAAUGGAUCAUCCCUGUGUCAGUAGCCAUGUCCUGCUACGGAGGACUUAAUGCUUCCAUCAUUGCUGCCUCACGGUUGUUUUUUGUCGGGGCCAGAGAGGGCCACCUCCCUGACAGUCUCAGUCUGAUCCACCUGGAGCGCUACACACCAGUACCUGCACUGCUGUUCAACGGUGUAAUGGGUCUGAUCUUUCUGUGCGUGGAGGACGUAUUCCAGCUCAUCAACUAUUUCAGCUUCAGCUACUGGCUCUAUGUGGGUCUGUCUGUGGCUGGCCUCAUCUACCUGCGCAUCACUCAGCCAGACAGACACAGGCCUGUGAAGCUGACCUUAGUCUUCCCCUUCAUCUACUGUGUGUGCAGCCUGUUCUUAGUCAUCGUCCCUCUCUACGGAGACACGAUCAACUCUCUCAUAGGAAUCGGCAUUUCACUUUCUGGUGUGCCAGUCUAUUAUUUGGCAAUCUACCUGCCAGAAGAGAGGAGACCCAAAUUCAUACGCAAGUUAAACGUCUUCGCCACUAGAUGCACCCAGAAGCUGCUCUACUGCUGUGUGACUGAAUUUGACUUUGAUACAGAAACGCAAGAAGAUGGUAAAACACAAUAAGCUGCAGACAUACCCCAUCCUCUACUCGCCAGCUUUUUGCCAGAGGCCUCAGUCCUGACCGGUGUGCCAAUGUUCUUGCUCUCUGAAUGGAGAAAAACAAGGCCUUGCAUGGACAGAGUGGCAAAGCACACGCUCACAAGAUUUGUGAGGAUACGUUCUGCCAGGUCAAGUUAAAAAAAGGCCCGUCAUCUCAAAUGACUCAAUACGAAGAAGCAGACACUUGACAAACUGUCCCUUUCGUCUGUAAAUGUGAUGUAAUUUUCUACAAACAUCGAGGAGUAUCUUCUAUGAGGAUUGAAAUUAACAGGUGAAAGAUGAUGACAGAUAUGUAACCUGUUUUAAGACUUGUGAAAAGAAAUAGACUGAUUACUUUUUAUCAGACAUGUUUGAUGAAACAGAUCUUAUGUAGUUACAGUCAUAUCCUGCAAUUGUCAUUAUUAAGCAACAACGGG